AUGAUUUAAACAGAUACUGAAAUUAAUAAAAGACAUAUAAAUAACACUUAAUCACCUUAUAAUAACGGUAUAAAAGAAAAUAAUUAUGUAAAACCUUCUUUAAUAAGUUCAGAUAUAUUUUAUCCUUAAAAAGAUCAGCUAAUAACCCCAAAAAAUGCAAAUUUAUCAAGUACUUUUGUAAAAACUCCUUUAAAGUCUGAAAUACAUUCAAACACAAAAGAAUAAAGAAAUUUAAUUAAUUAUAAAGAAUACCUAAAUAAAAUAAAUUAGACUUAAAUUCCUUUAAAAAAUUAUUAAUCUGAUUAAAAAACUAAAAAAGAAUUAGCUAAAAAUUCUAAAGCAAAUUAUGAUUUUGAAGAUAAAAAAAGCUAAUAUUCAACCACUUCAUCAAAUAUGAAAUAAUAUAAUUCGAAUAAAAAUAAAGAAUAUGAAUAGUCAGUUAAAUCUAAUUUAUAUAGCUAAUAAUCAAAGACAAGUAGUAAUAAUUUUAAGUUAUUUAAUAAUAGAAAUACAAUAAAUAAAUAAGAUUUUAAAUCUUUCAAAAAUAUAAAUUAAAAUACUCCUCAAAAGAAUAAUGAAUAUGAAAGUUUUAAGGAUAAUUUAUCUAAAUCAUCAUAUAUAAGUGAAAUAGUGUGUGUAAAUUGUGUGAAUAAAUUUUUAGUUGAUGAUAAAUAGAAUAAGAAGAUUAAAGAUAAAUUAAAGGAAAAAUAUGAAAGUGAGUAAAUUUAAAAAAACUCUGAAAUAAAUGGCUAAGAAUAUUUUAAUGAUAAUUUGAUAAAAAAAAGAUAAAAUAUAUAAUAGUAAUUUAAACUUCAUCUUAAUGAUUUUGAAAAUGCCAGAAAAUAAAAACAAAAUAAGAAUAAUAUAAUUUGAUUUUUUAAAGAGAAUUAAUGAAAUAAUAAUAUUUACAUGAAAUUACUAAUUAAGUCUAAUAAGAUAAUGCCAUUAAAAUAAAUAAAAAUAUACGCGAUAAAGCAGAAGAUGCUAAAUAUUUAAAAUAAUUAAAUUAAAGCUAUUAAAAAGAAUAAGAAAUCGCUCUUUUAAAUCUAAAAGAUUGUAAUAAUUGCCAUUAUAAAUAUCCUUAUAAUUAAUUUUAGAAAAUUAGACAUAAACGUAAUAAAAGUUGAUUUUUUUUUCUAAUAUAAUAAUAAUAAAAUAUGUUUGUGAAUUUUUUUUUAUUUUCCAUUAUAUUUUAUUAAUAAAUAAAUUUUU